GGGUUUAGGGGGUGGGGGCGUCACGGUUACUCGGGGUUUGCCCGGUGACACGAUUGCAACUUUGUGCGGGUGCUGGCGAAGUUUGUAAGUCUAAGAUAGUCUUCCAUUACAGCGGGCUUCCGCGUUUUCUGCUGUCAUCGCAUACUCCAUGAUGUGACCUCGGCAGCCGAGUUGCGCAGCGUGGGUAUUCGCUGUUUUUGCUAUCAGCUUGGGCUUUUUCAUCACCGCCACCUGCGUUGCUUGCUAUAAAGUUGGUUUGCCUGUGUGUAGCGCCAAGACCUUCUUUUCGCGUCCUGGACUGGGGUUUGGUACAUUUCGGCCUUGAGAAUUUUACAUUUGUUGCGUUUCAAUGAAAUCCUGCGGAGUGUCGCUCGCUGCCGCUGCAGCUGUUUUCGGUGAUGAGGAAAAGAAAAUGGCGGCGGGAAAAGCCAGCGGCGAGACGAAGGAGAGUUCCCUCAGCUUGACAACCGAAGAGAAGGAGGCGCUUAGCGGAAUGGACAGCCGCCUCUUUGGGUUCGUGAGCCUGCAUGAAGAUGGCGCCAGGACUAAAACUCUGUUGGGCAAGGCUGUUCGCUGCUAUGAAUCUCUAAUCUUAAAAGCUGAAGGAAAAGUGGAGUCUGAAUUCUUUUGUCAGUUAGGUCACUUCAACCUCUUAUUGGAAGAUUAUCCAAAAGCAUUAUCUGCUUAUCAGAGAUACUACAGUUUACAGUCUGACUACUGGCAGAAUGCUACCUUUUUAUAUGGCCUUGGUUUGGUUUACUUCUACUACAAUGCGUUUCACUGGGCAAUUAAAGCAUUUCGAGAAGUGCUAUAUGUUGAUCCCAGCUUUUGUCGAGCCAAGGAAAUUCAUUUACGUCUUGGGCUGAUGUUCAAAGUCAACACAGACUAUGUGUCUAGUUUAAAGCAUUUUCAGUUAGCUUUGAUUGACUCUAAUCCCUGUACUUUGUCCAGUGUUGAAAUUCAGUUUCAUAUUGCCCACUUGUAUGAAACCCAGAGGAAUUAUCAUUCUGCAAAAGAAGCUUAUGAACAGCUUUUACAGACAGAAAACCUACCUGCACAAGUAAAAGCAACUGUUUUACAACAGUUAGGAUGGAUGCAUCAUAAUGUGGAUCUGCUGGGAGACAAAGCCACAAAGGAAAGCUAUGCUAUUCAAUAUCUUCAGAGGUCAUUGGAGGCAGAUCCUAAUUCUGGCCAGUCUUGGUAUUUCCUUGGAAGGUGCUACUCAAGUAUUGGGAAAGUUCAGGAUGCCUUUAUAUCUUACAGGCAAUCUAUUGAUAAAUCAGAAGCAAGUGCAGAUACUUGGUGUUCAAUAGGUGUGCUCUAUCAGCAGCAAAAUCAGCCUAUGGAUGCAUUACAGGCCUAUAUAUGUGCCGUACAGUUGGACCAUGGGCAUGCAGCAGCCUGGAUGGACCUAGGCACUCUUUAUGAAUCCUGCAAUCAACCUCAGGAUGCCAUUAAAUGCUAUUUAAAUGCAACUAGAAGCAAAAGUUGUAGUAAUACCUCUGUGCUCACAGGAAGAAUUAAGUUUUUACAGGCUCAGUUGUGUAACCUUCCACAAGGUAGUCUACAGAAUAAAACUAAAUUACUUCCUAGUAUUGAGGAGGCAUGGAGCCUACCAAUACCUGCAGAGCUUACCUCCAGGCAGGGUGCCAUGAACACAGCACAGCAGGCUUACAAAGCUCAUCAUCCAAAUACUGAACCUGUUUUAGGCCUCAAUCAAACACCAAUUUCACAGCAGUCCUUGCCAGUGCAUAUGAUUACUUCUAGCCAAAUAGAUGGCCUGUCCAGUCCUGCCAAGAAGAAAAGAACAUCUAGUCCAACAAAGAAUAGUUCUGAGAACUGGGAUAGUGGCCAAAGUGUUUCACAUGCUUCAGUACAGCAACAAGUUCAUUCAUGGAGUUUGACACCACAGAAAUUACAGCACUUGGAACAGCUGCGUACAAAUAGAGAUAAUUUAAAUCCAACACAAAAACUGAUGCUAGAACAAUUGGAAAGUCAGUUUUUCUUAAUGCAACAAAUGAGACAAACAGGACAAAGUACUGGAAUUCCUAAUGGGCCAAAAGCUGACUCUUCACUGCCUACAAGCUCUCUGUCUAGCCAGCAACCACAUUCUGCUCUACCCAGAGUACCUAGUGUCUCUCAGCCUGAAGUGCACUCUGCUUAUUUUGAAAAGCCUUUGUCUGAUGGACCUUUUCCUGCAGGCUACACUGCUUGUGUCACAUCAGAAACACUAGGGAGUACAGACACUACUCUGGCAGGCAAUGCUUAUGUAACAGGAAGUGGAAAUAAUGUAAAUGUGCCUUAUCUACAGCUAAACACCCUCACUCUACCUCAUAACUGCACAAACCUGACCAGCCGCACAGAAGAGCCAUGGAGAAAACAGCUAUCUCACUCCACUCAGGGGCUUCACAAAGGUCAGAGUGCACAUUUGGCAGGACCUAAUGAUGGACAACCUUCAUUUUCCUCUAGUCCUCUACAGUAUCUCCAGGCGACUAGUACUGAUACUCAGAAAAAGACUGGACAUAGAACUCUGCCUAGCAGUUCAGUAAUACAGGGAGCUGCUCUCAGUCACCUCUCCUCUAAUAUUGCUACCUCAGGUGGACAACAAGGCAUUAACUUUACCAAAGACAGCACACCUUCAGGAAAUAGAUCUUUGGUGCCUGAAACAAUCAGGCUUGUUGGAGACACACCUAAUGGCUGUGCUGAUAUCAAGGGACUUUCUAAUCACAUUCGGCAGUUGAUGACAGAACCUGUUUGCAGUCCUAACCAUGGAGAUUUGACAUCACCAAAUUUAAUUUCAGACAAUCCUAAAAUCUCUGCCUUGUUGAUUGAAAAAACCAAUGACAGUGUGAUGACUGGAGCUUGUGACAAAGUCAAUAAUAUUCACCCAGAGAAUCAUACAAAGGCUAAUAGUUUUGUUGGCUCUUCACCUUCUUCAGUCAUUUCUACCACAGCAUCUUCUCCAAAAUCUGUUGAGAAGACAACCACAAAUGGUAUUACCAGCCUUAACAGUCCUCACGGUAGAUUACAAACAAUUAAUGGAGAAGGGCUAGAGAAUUCACAGAGCUCUAAAAAGGCAGACUUGCCUGUAAUCACUUACAAACCUGAUCCUCAGAUUAUACCAUCGAUGUCUGUGUCCAUAUACUCAAAUUCUGCAGAAGUUCUUAAGGCAUGCAGGAAUUUAGGUAAAAAUGGUUUGUCUAACAGUCACAUUUUGUUGGAUAAAUGUCCACCUCCAAGACCACCAACUUCACCAUACCCACCCUUGCCAAAGGACAAGUUGAAUCCACCCACACCGAGUAUUUAUGUGAGUCUAAUAACUAGCUAGAAAUAAAGCAAGUGUUUGAGGUUGUCCAUCUUUUAAAUAUAUUUUUAAACCAGUAUAGAUUCUUCUGGAGAAGAUUAAAUUUUUUCUCACAGUAAGUUUGAAAAUACUUUGAAUAACAUGUCUGUAUCCUAAAAGGUAAAAAGGUGACCUCUCUCAAUCUAUAAAUAUGAUCCUUUACCUGUUUUUGUAAAUAAAUUUUUAUUGUUAAUGUAGUCAUGUUCAUUGAUACAUAUGUUGUCUUAUUGCUUUGCACUAGAUUGGCAGAGUUAACUAGUUACAAAUAAUAACAGGUAGUUCAUAGAAGAAAAAUUAUUUACUAUCUCUCCUUUUCAGAAAGAAUUAUUGACCACUGCAAUAUUUAAGAAAGAAUUUUUCGAAGAGAGUAUUUAAGUUUAAAAUGUCUUCUCACUUAUGGACUGGAAUUAAGUGAGAAUAAUAAUAGUUGUUUUUAUGUCAGUUUUUUGUUAACAUGGCUCUCAAUAUACAUUCUGUCAUCUGCUGAUUGUAUAGAUUUUGAAAUUCAUUUGACUUUAUGCUUCAAUUAAAAAAAGAUUUUUCGAGCUAUAAAAGAAGUUGUGAAUGUACAAAUGAUGAGUGCAUGUUAAUAACAUGGUUAAAUAUAAGUAGAUCAUUUUAAAUUUCAGUUUGAAACAAAACAUUUUUACUUUUCAGAAAAUUAGGCAUUUGUGGAGUAACUGCUUUGAUGCAACAUCUUAGGAGUGCUGAGACAUAGGUUCAAUCCCUGGCCCAGCAUGGUGACUUAAGGAUCUGGCUUUGACACAGCUGUGGCUUGCAUCUGAUCCUUGGCACAGGAUCUCCAUAUGCUGUGGGGCAGCCAAAAA